GAAGUAGAAGUUGACAUCUGUUCUUUCCGAGACAGAAUGAUAACAGCUGGAGCAUGAUUUCAGCGGAGGAGAGAUGACUGCUAGCGCGUUCAAUCUUCAGUGGAACACGCGCUCGUGAUCGUGUGCGCGAGCCGUCGGUGAAGCGCGCUCUUAUGGCGGGACUGUCGCAGUUAGUGCUGCGUGUGUCCGGCUCGUACGGGGUGUUCUCCAAAGUGCUCAGCAGGACUCUGCUCAUCUUCUUUGAUCUCGCCUGGAGACUCAGAAUCAGAUUCCCUUACCUCUAUGUUAUCGCCUCCAUGAUGCUCAACGUGCGACUACAGGUUCACAUUGAGAUACAUUAAUUGACACGGAAUAGCUGCAAGCCCAGGAAUGGCUCACAACACUAUGUUUACCACGGACUUCAUCAGUGAAGCUCAUCAGUGUUAGACAUACAGACAGAAACAUGCUGACUGGGAUACCAGUAGGAAUUAUUCAUGCAAAAUCUGCUUCAUCGGAGGAGAUGUUGAGGAGCGUAUGAUGACCUCAUGCUCAGCCGUUGGAUGGAACAGACUAUGAUUAUCUCAAGAGACUUUAAAAAACAGCUACUGUGCUCCAGUGUGCUUUUAACACGGAGAACAUGCAUGAUAAAAACUUGAGUCCAACUGUGUUGGAAUGUGUUUUGUUUUGUUUUGUCAGUUUUGCACAUUAAGAUCAGUUUUUCUGGGUUAGUCACCGCAUGUGGGACAAACUCCAGCAUUCACCUCCAUCAUCUACUCACUAACACAGCGGCUACUGUUACAGAAAACUACAGGGAUUUGUAUAUAGAGAUGAGCAUAUUUGUUUAUGUGUGUUAUUAUUAAAUCUGUACAUUAUAUGACACAUGCAUUUUGGGAGGAUUGUGAAUGUACUGUGAUUUAAACUUUGACAAUAAAUUAUAAAGGGAUUUUAUUUCCCUGCCCUGUGA